CACUGACUGGCACUGAUAGGCAGAACUGACUGGCACUGAUAGGUGGCACUGAAAGGCAGCUCAGAUGGGCACUGAUAUGUGGCAUUGAUAUGCACUGGUAGGUACUGAUAUGUGGCAUUGAUGUGGCACUGAUGGGCACUGGCAGGUGGCAUGGAUGAGCACUGAGAGCUGGCAUUGAUGGGCACUGACAGGUGGCACUGCUGGGUCUACACUGAUCAUCAUGGCACACUGAUCACCAGUGCCCUGAUGAUCACUGUCAGCGUGACAGCUCAAGAGGAGAGAAAUGCCGAUAACCGUUUCCGUGUU